UUUUUGAUGCAUAAACUUUACUCAGAAAUAAUCUUAUUUUUGGUGGUAAAAUCUGUUUUUGACUCUGGUAAGUUUCAUAAACCCAAUAUUGGUUUGACUAAAAAUUUAAGAGAAGAAUAUGUAAAUGUGAAACCACGUCCUUGGUAUAUAUAUAGUCUGUACUUGACCUUGUUGCAAUGUCCCCAUUCUCUCUCUACAUGUUCUUUUGUUUUGGGUAAGUUAACUCAUAACCUUUCAAUUUUCUUGGUGGUGAUAUAUUCUACUUUACCAGAGUUCUCUUUCUCUCUCUCUCUCUCUCUCUCCAAUUGUGUCUUCUGAGGAGGUAGUUUAGUGUCAUAAUUGUGGAAUGUGGCUUUACUCAUCUUUCAUGUGAAGCCCUUCAUAUGGUUGCUACGACCUAUUGAAUAGUCCCCAAAAUUCAUUCCAUAAGGAUACAUUUACUUUGCCCAAUUAAUGCCCUUCAGCAUACAGGGGGUGUCUUCAAUUACAGCACUUGGAUGAAAAAAAGGGUAGAAAGGUUUGGUAGUAGAAUUCACACUCACACACACUUUGCCAUAAAGAAUCUUUUCUUUCUUUUUCUUUCCCAAGUUCGUAGUAGCAAAUCAGGAUCUGCUGCUUCACUGCUUCUUCACCCUCUGUCUUCUACCUUCUGGAAUUUUCUAUGGAGACAGAGAACGGUGACACCAAGUCCAAAAAGAUGGAAGACUAUGAAGUGAUAGAGCAAAUUGGAAGAGGGGCUUUUGGCUCUGCCUUCCUCGUUCUUCACAAGUCCGAGAAAAAGAGGUAUGUGCUGAAAAAGAUUCGGUUGGCCAAACAGACAGAGAAGUUCAAACGUACUGCACACCAAGAGAUGAACCUGAUUGCAAAGCUGAAUAACCCAUACAUUGUGGAGUACAAAGAUGCUUGGGUGGAGAAGGAGGACCACAUAUGCAUUAUAACUGGCUAUUGUGAAGGAGGUGACAUGGCAGAUAACAUAAAGAAAGCUCGAGGGUCAUUUUUUCCUGAGGAGAAAGUCUGCAAAUGGCUGACUCAGUUGUUGAUAGCCGUUGACUACUUGCACUCUAAUCGUGUAAUCCACAGAGAUCUUAAGUGUUCCAACAUAUUCCUCACCAAAGACAACAACAUUCGGCUUGGUGACUUUGGUCUUGCAAAGCGACUUAAUGCAGAAGACCUUACUUCCUCGGUUGUUGGAACUCCAAAUUACAUGUGUCCUGAGCUCCUUGCUGAUAUACCUUAUGGUUAUAAAUCAGAUAUGUGGUCUCUUGGUUGCUGCAUGUUUGAGAUUGCUGGACAUCAACCGGCAUUUCGUGCUCCAGACAUGGCUGGACUUAUCAAUAAAAUAAACAGAUCCUGCAUUUCUCCACUGCCUAUUGUUUAUUCUUCGACACUGAAACAACUUAUCAAGAGCAUGCUUAGAAAAAAUCCAGAGCACAGGCCAACCGCAGCUGAAUUGUUAAGGCAUCCACUUUUACAACCUUAUGUUCUUCGUUGUCAUAAUGCAUCCUCUAAUAUUCUUCCAGUAUAUCCCAUAGUUAAUUCAAAGGAUAAAACAAGAAGAUCUAAUAAAUCUAAUGGUGGCAAGGACCAUAAGGAAAAAGAAGCAAGCUUAGUAAAUCGUUUGGAACGGAUUCAUCCAAUUGAGGGAAAUGGAGAUACACACGUAAGCAAUCUUCCUAAUGAUGCUGUUACAAUCUCAACCAGUGCAGAAGACAACAUGGAGACCAGGAUGGUUGAUCUUACCAGCUACAUAGUGGAAUCUUCUACUAGUAUUAGUGACUCAAAAGAUGGGUCAACAACAUCUGAAUCAACUAUUUGCAGUGUGUGCAAGGAGGACUUCAAAGGUAGACCUCCAAGGGAAACGACUAACAACGAAAUCUCUUUAAAGAGUUCACAAGAAUCACUGCAUGAGGAACAAAUAUAUGCUGCUAAACAUUUUCAUAAAUUAGAAGAUGGCAGCGUUGAUGCAGUGACCCCAGAAGUUGAAGACGCUUCUUGCAAUGAAGGUUUGAACAAUGCUGAAGCACCGAGGGAAGAUUCGAGCCAUGACAUCUCUGGUAAAUCAACAAUGUCCAGUGAAGGCAGUAGCAGCAGUGAUAAAGAUAAGUCCAUCAAUGAGGAAAAGCCAUCACUAACUGUGAAUCCUAUUAGGGUGGAAAAUGAUACCGAAUCUGGAAACCACUUGAAUGUAUUUACAGAAGGCUCACAUAUGAACGGCUUGACAUCUGAUUGUAAUGAUGCACUUCUAGUUAAGGUUGAUGACACAGCUAACAGACACAUUCUCUCCACGCAUAAAGAUGGUAGCACGGUGGAGGUUGACCAGACAAGUGGCGUUGCAUUGAGUGUAAUAACAGAAGUCGAUGGUGAUGAGACAAAUCUGUUGGAUAGUCCCUGCCAACAAAGAGCUGAUGCUCUGGAAUCUCUGCUAGAAUUAUGUGCUCAGCUACUUAAGCAAGAUAAACUUGAAGAGCUUGCUGGGGUUCUGAGACCAUUUGGAAAAGAAGCUGUAUCAUCAAGAGAAACAGCAAUAUGGCUGGCAAAAAGCCUCAUAUCUGCACAAAAAUUUAAUCCUCAGAUCUAGUUACAAGAGGUUCUGGUUAUAAGUUUAUAAAUUAUUGUAAGAAACGUGUAAUUCAAAUGUUACAUGAGUUUGUUCCGUUCGAGAGAUUGUUGCUUGGUUGAAGAUUGGAGAGACGAAGUAGCUUGCCACAUCUUCUUUCUUGGUUGUGGUGAGUGGUUAUAGUAAAUGAAUUAAAUUAUUUUAGUUAGGUUGAAUAGUCAUUUGUGCUUGUUUUCCAGCAGUGUAUGCGUCAUUGAUUGUAUAAAUUUUUCACUUCCCCUUUUCCUAACUAAAAGGUAACCAUGAAUUUCAGAGCUUCAUGUUU